CAUAGUUAGCUUAGAUAAGAUUGCUAAUCACAUAUUUCUUCAAAUGUUGUUUUGCUGAAUUCAUAUUUUAGGGUCUUCAAUUCUUCAUAGUGUUGGUGAUUUAAUCAAGAAAGUAGCUUAGAAAUUUCAGAGAGAUUAAAGAUGAGAAAGGUUCUGUUUUUCGGCAUCUCUUGUAGAAUAUAGUGCUAGAACUCAUGCUGAGAAGAUAUUGGUAUCCAAAGACAAGAAACUGAAAAUGGAAAGAGAUGAAGUAGUUAAAAUUAAGAUCAUCCCUCCACCUGGCUGUGGGAAGAAAAUCUAUGAAAUUGAUCCACUUUUGCUCACUCACCGUGACCAUCUUGAUUUUCGGUAACCUCACUUUUAAGCUUCAUUUCCUUAAAGUAUUUGUGGAACAACUAUCUGAGCUGCUAGAUCAUGUAAAUUUUUCAAAUUACAGUUUCGGACGAUACUUGAGAUUGCGAGAGGAUAUCGACAAGCAUGAAGGUGGCCUAGAUCCAUUUUCUCGCGGCCAUGAAAAUUUUGGCUUUAGGCAGAGUGUCACAAGAAUUACUUAUAGAGAAUGGGCACCAGGAGCUAAGUCAGCAGCAUUAAUUGGAGACUUCAACAAUUGGAAUCCAAAUGCCGCUGUAAUGACUCCGAAUGAAUUUGGUGUGUGGGAGAUCUUCUUGCCAAACAAUGCAGAUGGUUCGCCACCAAUUCCUCAUGGAUCUCGAGUCAAGGUAUGCUUAUGUAGAUGGUUCGCCACCAAUUCCUCAUCGCGAAAAAAUGAACAGGAAGAAGUGUAUUCAAUAAAGAUAGUAGACUAUGGGUAA